UCCACCAUAGAACAGUUUACUGGUUUUCAUCCCAGGGGGAUUUCCCGCCAACAGUCCCGCAAGAUUACCCGCCUUAUAGGUGAGCUCAUAGCCAUUGGGGGGGCUCCAUUUAACAUGGUGGAAGGGGAACCUUUUAAACGCCUUCUAAAGGCACUUGCACCCCAAUAUAUUGUACCAUCACGUACCACAUUCAGCAGAAGUAUAGUACCUGCUUUGUAUAAAUCGUGUGUGGAAAAGAGGAGCUGGGAAAAGCUGCUGGACAGUCUGUACAUCUAACCACUGACCUGUGGAGUGCUCCCAGUGGCCAGCAUGCUUUCCUAUCAUUGACCACACACUGGUGGCAGCCCAUUGUCACUGAACUUGCCCAAACCAAAUCAGGUCCAAGAAGCACAGGGGCUGGUGUUGAGAAUACAAAUCAGGGCCACCGCUCAUUCCUCCUCCAUGCAGAGGUAUUGGAUGAGCAGCACAGCUCACAAAACAUAACCAGAGCACUUAAAAAAAAUGGUGGAAGAAUGGCUUGGGGAACACGUAGAUACACAUCCGAAGAUGGGUUUCGUGGUGACUAACGGUGCAGCCAAAAUGAUAAAGGCAUUGCGUGAUGGCAACUUUGUAUGUGUGCGAUGCUCUGCACAUGUCCUCCAUCUUGUGGUGAAGGCCGGUUUGGAAGACACCUCAGAGAGCAACACAAAGCUCACAGGAGUUCUGGAUUCAUGUAGAAAAAUUGCAGGGCAUUUUCACCGGAGUGUUAAAGACAGCCACUUACUCAGACGGGAGCAGAGUAAGGCAGGUGUUCCUCAACACAGACUGAAACAGGAUGUUAGCACCCGGUGGAAUUCCACACUAGAAAUGCUGGAAAGAAUCCUAGAGCAGCAGAAACCCAUACAUGCAAUGUCCCAUGAAAAUUAUAUUGGCAUCACCAGAGCAUUUGGCAGGGAGGAGUGGACCUUAGUUGCUCAGGUGGUUGCUGUACUUAGCCCCUUUCGUGCGGUCACGGAAAAGUUAAGCCAGGAGAAGGCAAGUUUGGCGCAAGUCAUCCCUCUCUUUACUCAUCUGUUAACCAAAAUGGAUGCCUUCCUGAAUAACAGAGAGAAGUUGACUGGAGGCUAUAUAGUUGGUGAUGUUGCCACACUGGUAAGGAGACUCCAGGUCCUACUACAGCGUAGGAUUAAAGAGCUGACAGACACUUGCCCUGAUCUAAUGCUAGCCACCAUGUGUGACCCCCGGAUUAAGGGCAAAAUGGCUCUCCAAGCAAAUGCCCUAACAAGCUGGAGGGACAAAUUAAUCAUCAAGGUGUGUGACAGACAGAGACUAUUAGAUGUGGGACAAGAGAGGCAUGAUGAGGAGGAAGAAGCAGAGGAAGAUGAGCCUGCAGAAAUCUCAGCAACCAUCAGCAACACUGCUACAACCUCCUCAAGAGCUGCAGACUUUUGGGCAGAGACAUUGCAAAGCCUGGUUGGACAAACCAGACAACCCUCUCGGAUACCAAGAGACAAGGUGGCAGACAUGGUCAAAAUUUAUGUGUCUGAACCAAAUAUAUUUCCCACUGCCGAUGCCAUGAAAUAUUGGGACGAAAAGAGGGCUAUUUGGCCUGCUCUAAGCAUGGUGGCCCAGGAGCUCCUAUCCUGCCCCCCAACCUCUGUGCAAAGUGAGCAGGUAUUUUCUGUCACCGGGAACAUUCUAUGCCCACAGCGUUCUCAACUGUCCCCUCAGCUCAUGGAGCAGAUGACUUUUUUUAAAGUCAAUUUGCCAAAGUUAGGGUACCCAGCCCUAAACUUUGAAACAAGUUAAAAAGUUGAAGUUACCUCUUCAGUUAAAGUUGAACACUGCAGUUACCGUUGAGUUCAAGUUUCGUUAACAAGUUGGAAUGUUUUCCCGUUACUACCAGUUGUUUAAAAGUGAAGCAAGUGACAAGCUUAACAGCCCCUUCAAACAGGUGAGUGGUCUGUCAAUCAUCCCCUUCCCUCCUAAUAUCCCAUUAUUAAUUUUAGUUUAAUUUAUACCUUUCCAUCUUUCUUUCAGGAUUUAGGAAUCCUAUUGCUGGACCUUGAAGUGGGUGAAAAAAAACAGUUUCUUUCAGCAAAUCACUGGGCUUGGAACUCUUGUUUUUGUGAUCGGUGGAGUUCAACCAUGGUGCGAUUCAUCCGGCGCAAUUCGCGCGACAUGUUCCUGUUCUCCUUGGCCAGCCUUUGGAUUUCUUUAGCAAGCUGCAGCACUCUCGGAUUCAGGUGACAUAUGAGGACCACCAAGGCCUGUCUCACUCCGACCCUCUGGCAGGAGAUGGUUCCGGAACUCCUGCUCCCACUUCCUGAAUUCCUUGUUUGUUUGUUUUUUACGCAGGACGGUUGCUUUACAGUCAUAAUACCUGCAUGAGAUAUAGUUUAUUAAAAAGUUUAUCAUACAUUUAAAAUCAAUAAAAAGUUUU